AUGGCGGUAAUAACUAAUGGUGGCAUCUCCGAAGAGACGAGCAAUGGAAAUGGUGUUCGAUCGCUUGCCGAAGCUCGACUCCAGACUCGAGCGUCUUCACUCCUCAUCACGCACAUCAACAAGGUCGAGUUGGACGAUGAGCUUGUCAGCAUUGAUCAGUAUGUGCUGACUGACCUCGCACACGCCGUCAUGCUUACCCGCACCGGCAUCUUCGACGCAAAGCAUGGCCAAAGCAUGGUCAAGGCUCUUUUGGACCUUCGAGCUGGAGACACAGCUUCGAUACUCGCCUCAAAGGCAGAAGUGGGCACUCUCGGCCUUCAAAUCGAGAACUACCUUGAGCGUGCCGUGGGCCCACGCGGUCGCGAUAUCCAACGAGCCCGAAGUCGCAUUGACCAAAAAGCCACAAACUGGCGCCUCAUCAACCGUGCAAGCCUCACAGAGGUGAUACAACAGCUCGUUGCCUUGGGUUCCCAGCUUCUAGCUACUGCGGAGCGUUACGCUGGUGCUCUGAUGCCCGGAUACACUCAUUUGCAGCAUUCUCAGCCUACCACCAUUGACCAUUACCUCAACGCUCAUUAUUGGUCCGUAUCACGCAAUCUGUCUCGACUUCUUCAAGCAUACGACCGGCUCAACCUAAGCCCCCUUGGAGGUGCUGCUUACAGUGGCACCUCGUGGCCCAUCGAUCGCGAUGCCACGGCCAAUUACCUUGGCUUCGACCGACCCGUCUACAAUGCCCGCGACGCCGGUUUCGCUUCGCUCGACAUGGGCGCUGAGAUUGCAAGCGUGCUUGCCUCGACGCUAUCUGGCAUCAGUCGUCUUGCCUCGGAUCUCAACUACUGGUCUUCCAGUGAAGUUGGGCUGGUCCAAAUACACGCCUCUUUGUGUGGCACAUCGAGCAUGAUGCCCCAGAAGCGCAACCCCAUGGUCCUCGAACGUAUUCGGGGUCUUGCUGGCUCGGCUGUUGGCUGGUCUGCGAGCCAGCUUGGAGCCAUGCACACGGCCACUUCGACUGACGUCGACCAGUCGUAUAUACACAACCUCUUACCGGGUCAAUGUUCUGAGACAGCUGGGGCUAUUGCUUUGUUGCGCGAGGUCAUUGCCACCGUUGAGUUUGACUUGGCCGCUAUGCGGAAGUCGUCAGGCCAGCAUUGGUCUACUGCCAGCGCCGUGGCGGACGCUCUGGUUGCCUCCCAUGGGCUGAGUUUCCGCCACGCUCAUGAGAGCGUCGCGCAGCUUGUUGCUUCCCACGAGCGAGCCGGUGUUCCCUCCGGUGACCUGCGCGCUGAUCUCAUCACGGAUCCCGCAUUGAAGGAGUACUCACAUUCCCAAAUCCACAAUAUUCUCGAUCCUAAGAACUUCAUGGCAUCUAGAAUCAGUUCAGGCGGAACUUCUGUCGUUGCUCGAGAUCACCUGGCAGGCAUUGCCAAGACUAACCUGCUAGCCAUAGAAGGGAAACUACAAUAUCGCAUUGACCAUGUUGCAGAGGGUCUUGAGCAGCUGUUUCAAGAUGCACGCUCGAUUGUUGAACAGUCACCAUGA